AUGGAAGUUCGCGUAACUCGUAGACAAGUAAAUGCGGAGAUUUUGGCGAAUGCGUAUUUUUGGCACACACCGCUCGGCGCUACUGACCAGCGUCGCGAUGAUAUGCGAUGGUCGAACGUAAUCUGGGCGCUCAGUGCGGGACUUUUAUGUGACCGGUGUAGUGAGAAGAAGCCAUGGAGGUCUAUCGAAGAUCUUCUGGGCUGGUGCUGCUUCUUGGAUUGUCCCUUCUCGCCACUACCUUGCAGGUCAGAAGGUCCUUCCGAAUCCGAAUGCAGGCCGUAUAUCGAAAAGGCUUUGAAAGAACUGGAGGCUGGCGAAGCUGUUGUAGGAUCAUCGACAGAGCUAGACGACAGUAAGGAAGAUCCUCCCACUGUAGAUGUAACAAACGACUCCGAUCACCGAGAAGGUGACGGUGAAAAAGACGAUACUAACGAAGAUGGUCAAGAGAGCAAAGAACAUGAUAUUGCAACCGAAAAAAAAAUCGAGCCAGAGGUACGACCGAGCUUAUUCCAAAAAAUGACUUCAUUCUUCCAAAAGAUAUUUAAGAAAACUCCAAGCAAAAAAGAGGAAGCAACAAAUGAAAGCAAGCACUUUGAGGAUAAGCUAGACGACGCAAGUCCUGAACGAGGUGAUCAACAAUCAGUAGACGACUCAGAUAGUAAAGAAGCUGAGGUUGAUGACGGUUCAAAAGAAGAAAAUGCAAGCGAAGAGAAACAAACCGACGACGAAGGUAGUAAAGAAGGCGAUAGUGAACAUGUAGAAGUUGGUAGUCAAGAAAACAGUAAAGAAGAACAAGAUACUACUGAGGAUACCAAAGAUGAUGAAAGUGAAAAAAUAUCGAAAGAAGAUGAUGGCGAUCAAGCAGCGGAAAGCGUAGAAGUUAAUCUGUCACCAGAAGCCGAUUUAUACGAAGAACAGAAGGAAAGCAUAGAAGAACUAACCAAAAUAGACGAAGAAAUUCAGUUGGCAGAAGCUCCGAGUGAGCAAGACAAUAGUCAUGAAUCAGUGGAAGUAGAAAACGAUCAAGACACCGUAGAUGAAAAAGAAAAUGUAGAGGAUCAGCCUCAAAGCGAAGAAACGAAAGUAAAUGAUUCACAAGAAGCCGAUUCGAAAGAAAAUAUUCAAGACGACUCUACCGAUGAAAAUCAAGAGAAUACACAGGAGGUUACUGAUGAAGACAUUAAAGCCGAAUCGAAAGAAAAUCAAGAAGAAUCUAAGGAAGAUCAAGAUGAACAUACAAUAACUAAAAGAGAUGUUGAUGAUGAAUCUAACGAGGAAAAAAUUGAAACUGAUGAAGAUUCUAAAGAAGCCAAGGAUACAGAUUCGACAGAGGGCGACUCUAAGGAAGAAAUUGUAGAAGCCACUAUUGACGAUAAAUCAGAUGAAAACGAAGAUUCUCAAAAAUCAGAUGAGAAAACUGAUAUUGAUAAUUCUGAACCAGAACAAGGCGAAAAAUCAGAAGAAGACGAUAAAUCAGAAAAGGAUAACACCGAUUCUAAAGAAGAAAAGAUGGAGCCGGUCAACGUUGAUAACAAAGACGAUGUAGGAGAUAGUAAAGAAACUAAGGAACCAAUAGAUUUAACUGAAUUAUACCAAAGGGAAGAAAAAGCUGUUGAAAGCAACGAAAAAGAUGAAAGUGGAGAAGAAGAAAAUGCAGAGGAUGCACCCGUGGAAGAUUUAUCUUUAGAUACAGAAAUUCCAACAGAACUUAGACUUCGAGACCACGUGGAACAGCUCUUAAAAUUAGAUGAUCAAUCCUCAGAAUCCGAAUCGCUUAUCAACAGAGUUUCCGAAAUUACUCUUAGAGAUCUCAAAAAAUUAUACGAGAAUGCCAUUAAACCGUUGGAAGUUGUAUAUAAAUACAGAGACUUGAGUAAUCGUCAUUUUGGAGAUUCGGAAAUAUUUUCGAAGCCCUUGAUUCUUUUUAUGGGUCCUUGGAGCGGUGGAAAAUCAUCAAUUAUCAAUUAUCUGACCAAUAACGAAUAUAAUGAAACUUCACUCAGAACAGGAGCGGAACCUUCUCCGGCUUAUUUUAACAUUUUAAUGUAUGGAGAAGAGCCUGAAGUCAUCGAUGGAACUGAAUUAGCGGCGGAUUUCACAUUUUCUGGUCUACAGAAAUUUGGACAAGCUUUGGAAGAACGUCUUCGAGGUGUCAAACUCCCAUCAAAGUUAUUGGAAAAGGUCAAUAUCGUGGAAAUACCAGGAAUUCUAGAAGUUAGAAAACAAGUUUCUAGAGUAUUUCCAUUUAACGAUGCCUGUCAGUGGUUCAUCGAUAGAGGUGACAUUAUUUUCUUAGUAUACGAUCCUUCUAAACUUGAUGUUGGUCCAGAAACUGAGGCGAUAUUAGAUCAAUUGAAAGGUAGAGAGCACCAAACGCGAAUUAUUUUGAAUAAAGCUGAUAGAGUUAAACCUGAAGAACUUAUGAGAGUUCAAGGGGCUCUAAUAUGGAAUAUAUCACCACUAAUGUCAUCUCCACAGCCUCCGAUUAUGUACACAACAUCACUGUGGAGUAAACCUUAUGAACCGUGGGCUCCUAUUAGACUUCUACAAGCUCAAGAAAGAGCUUUUUUAAGAGAUUUGAGAGGAGCAGUUGAUAAGAGAAUUGAAAAUAAAAUAGCCAGUGCACGAAGAUUUGCAGUGCGUGUACGGAAUCAUGCAAAAAUGGUGGAUUGUUAUCUGACGACUUAUUAUAAUCACAAAUCAGUCUUCGGAAACCGUAAACAGGUCGCAGAUGCUAUCAUUGAACAUCCGCAAGAUUAUCAUAUUUAUGAGGGACUUUCAACUCUUACGAAUAUUUCUCGCUAUGAUCUACCAGAUCCAGACGUCUACAGAGACUUCUUUAAAUUGAAUCCUCUGUACGAAUUCCAGCAAUUAUCAGCAACAUGCACAUAUUUCAGAGGGUGUCCGAUAAAUAGGUUGGAUAUUGCCAUCGCCUAUGACCUUCCAGAACUAUUAGGAACUCACAAAAAACGUAUUGAAAGUGUCCUAGCUGAAGCAGCAGCCGGUUCGCAAAAAAAAUCCGUUCCCGAUAGUUGAACUAACAAAGGUUAGUUCAGUUUCAAGUAUUAACCUUACUUGUAGAACAAGUCCUGUGAAUACUGAGUAACAAUCGAUGUUUUCCCAAAAAAUUGAAGCGAUUUGAUUAAACUAAACAAAUUCCUCCUUUACCAGCAUCUAGCAUCAAAUUUUGGGACAUACAUCCUGCGUAAGACUUUCAAAGAACGCAUUUUGGCGUUAAAUCAAUGUGACACCAAUUUUCGAAAAGUCGAUCUUACUCUAGAGUAACUAUUUACGAAUAAUAUUAAGUGACUUUAGUAUAAAUUAAACGACUUUUUGUAACAUUUUUUUUUUCGAAUUAUUAAAGCCUGUGUGAAUCGUCAUCAUAUCAUUUAGACUGAUGUUAACCUGUGUGUGUAAAACGAAUUUAAAGACGUUUUAACGUUACGCUUUCGUAGUCACCUGCCAGUGUGUUGAUCGCAUUUAAACCGUUAUUGCUGUCGGAGUGUUCAUGCAUCCAAAAAUCGAUUUCGAAGAGAGUAGGUAAAUAAAUAUAUUUUUGACACCAGAUGUACAAUUCCUUAAUAAAAUUUAAAAAAAAUAUUGUGAAGUUCAUUAUUGUUAUGUGUAUAUUGAUUGAAUGUACAGUUAAAUGAUACGUUUAGUCGUAUUAGUUGUUAUUGUUCAUUUUUUCAGACGAAUAAUUUUUGAAAAAUAACAUGUCAUAAAAUAAACUAGGUUAAGUAAAUGAAUAAAAUAAAUAUAUUUACAUUUGUA